AUGAAGGGAACCUUUCUGUUUACCUUGAUCACCCAAGUCAUCGCGGCGCCAACUUUGGAAUCGAGAGCCACUUAUGACUCCAGUGCCUUUGAUGCCCUGGCGCGUUCCGCAAAGCUUUCCUCUGCUGCCUAUACGGGCUGCACUUCAAAUGCCUUUGACGUGACCAUCACCAAGCAAAUUCGAGGCACUCUCACCGACACUCAGGGAUAUGUGGGAUACUCCACGACGAACAAGAAGAUUUCGGUUGUGAUGAGGGGCUCGACAACUGUCACUGAUAUUUUAAAUGAUGUUGACACGACCCUGGUCACCCCAUCCCUGUCUGGAGUCACCUUUCCUUCAGGCGUGAAGAUUAUGCGGGGCAUCAAUCGACCAUGGUCUGCCGUACACGACGAUGUGAUCUCCGAAGUCAAGUCUCUCAUCGCAAAGUACCCUGACUAUACUUUGGAAUCCACGGGGCACUCCCUGGGUGGCUCACUCACCUAUAUCUCCUAUGUAGCUCUUGCGCAGAAUUUCCCCGACAAGGAAAUCACUAGUACUGCAUUGGCUGCUUUUCCUAUUGGAAAUGAGGCAUGGGCCAACUUUGCCAGCUCACUGAAUGGGACGCUGAAGCGUGGAAAUAACGUUGCUGACGGUGUUCCUAACAUGUACAUCACUAUUCCUUACAGUUUCAAGCACUAUGGAACGCUAGGCCAUUAUCAGGAGUACUAUAGCGCUGGUCUUGCGGCUACGUGCAAGAGAUGCGAUGGUCAACGCGAUCUGUCCUGCUCAGCUGGAAAUGGCAUGCUCGGUGUGACUGCUGGUCACUUCCAGAGCUUCGGAGUGACUCUGGGCGCUGCUGGCUGUGGCCUACUUUCCUAA